AUGGAUGAACCUGAUCAUAAUAGUAAUAAUUCAUCAAUAGAUACUCAAGAAAAUAUAUUCUCACAAAUGAUGAAACAACAUAUUACUAAUGGAUUAACAUUUCAAUAUGGAACGAAUUUUGAAGAAACAAGUGAUGUUACAAAUGCAUCAUCAAAUGUUGAACAUGAACAAGAUGAAAAUAAUGAUAUAUCAAUGCCAAUAAUUUAUAAAAAACGAGCAAGAAUUAAAUUCAGUCAAGAACAGUUGGAUGCACUUGAAACAACAUUUGAACAACAUCAUUAUCCAACAAUCGAUAUGAUUGAUCAUCUUGUUCAACAACUUGAUUUACCUACACAAAAAAUAACAGUUUGGUUUCAAAAUCGUCGAGCACGUUUAAAAAAAAAUCAAUUAAAACUUGAUAAUCAUCAACCAUUGGAAAGAGAUAAUCAACGACAAUCUUAUAGUGGAUUUCAUCUAGAUGAAGAUGGAUCAUGUGCUUCUUCAACAAUUUCUCCAGUGAAUCCAUAUGUUAAUGUACCAGUAAAUAAUUGUAUAUCUUCGUCAAUGUCAUCAUCUCCUUGUUAUUUUUCAAAUAAUCAUUCAACAUUUCACAAUUCCAUAUGGGAAAAUUUUCGUUAUCCAUAUCAAUCAUCAAUUCCUUCUGUUGAUAAUUUACCAUAUAAUAUAGGUAAUUAUAAUUGUCCAUUUGUUUUUCAAAAUAUGAAUUAUUAUCAACAUCAAACAGAAUAUUAUGGUUAA